AUGGAAGAAUCUGCAGCAGCUUUGACCAGCGAAGACCUGCACCCGGGUUAUCUGGAACGCUCGAGGAAAGAGCUGCUAAAAAAGGUCGAGCAGCUGAAGCGAGCACUUGCAGAGGAAAAUGAGAAGUGUGUGGCCAUUUCCCACAGGAGUCAUGGGCAACAGAGGACUGGCGGGGCAGUCAGCACAAGCAAGCAAUUGCAUGCCGUCGCCGGGGCCUACCGAGAUGUUUCUGCAUCCGAACCAUUCUUGCCAUUCCCUGACUCUGUUGUACCGGCGCUUGUAGCUCUACGUACUACGAACUCGACCAUCACGGAAUCGAGGAAGUUCCUUGCUUCUCAGAAAUUAUCACUCCAGGAUGCCCAAGAAAGGCUAGAGGCUGAGAAGGCCAAUCUGUCGGACCAGACAGCUCUGACCAAAGCGCUGGAGGAGCGAAUCCAGUCUCUACGUGAAGGUAUCGAGUCAAGGACGGCUAUGAGUCCCAACCAGAUCACCCGGGAGCGGAUCUCGGAGCUCAAAAAGAGCAUCAAAGCGACUGAUACCGAUACAUCCAAGCUUCUCAAGGCCCUGAAAACAUUCAUCGAUCAGCAACUAGCCUCGAUGCUGGCGGCUGAGCAGAGUGGUGGUCCUGUGGCCGGCGACAUGAUGGACAUCGACUCAGAUGAUCUGGAAGCCGGCUUCAGCGCAAGGGGCAAGCGGAAGAAAUCCAAGCCAGAUGCUGUCACGGACAAGAGGCAGCGUAGGAUCGACGACAUGUUUGAAGGUGGCCAAGAUCGAGAAGGCAGGGGCGAGGGCGAGAGUGACAAGAGGGCGGCAGCCAGAGAAGAGAUGCAAAGACUCACCGAGGAACUCAUGAACAGCCUCAUGGAUUCUGGGGGGUCGAAUUCGGAUGCGUACGUCAAUGUUUCCGACGAGUCGGCGGCCGUGCGGUUGCUUGUUCGAUCGAAGGUUGCCGAAUUCCAUCCAAGAGAUUCAAAGCGCCUGCGACUCGUGGACUUUGGCCGAGAGAUUGGCGAUUAG